GGCCGGUUUCUACCUCUUCUCAUUUGCUUCUCAGCUCCCCAUCCCUAUUUUAUCCCUUUUUCUAUCCACCUGACAAGAAGCACGAAUAUGAUGGAUAAAACCAUGUAAAUGCUUAAGUAACUUGUCGCCCCCUGCGUCUCUUCUCGUCAUCUUCCCGCCCUUGGUCGCCUCUCUCAAAUGUUGAAAGACGAGCUUGUGCUGAUUUCCCAGUAUCGUAAUGCGUAUGUAUUGGCUCUCUCGGGAGCUAUGGGAAGCAUUUUCUACGGAUGGGAUAUUGGUCUCAUCGGGGGUGUUCUUUCUCUUGCCUCUUUCCAGGAAUAUUUCGGCUUAGACAAAGCAUCUGCAUCCGUCAAAGCGGACCUGAGUGGUAAUAUUGUAUCUGUAUUGCAGGGUGGAUGUUUCUUCGGAGCCCUUGCGAUGGGCUACUUCUCAGGCCGCUUUGGACGCAAGCCCUGUCUGAUUGCAUCCGGCAUCAUAUAUCUCAUUGGCAGCUUGAUCCAAUCCGUCGUUGGACUUGGAAGUUCUCAAAAAGUCGGACUCCGCGUCCUGUACUUUAGCCGAUUUGUGGGUGGCGUAGGUGUUGGAAUGGUUUCGGCCCUCGUUCCGGCAUACAUUUCGGAAUGCACUCCACGAGUUAUUCGGGGAAGAUGUACCGGGAUGAUCCAGCUCGCGAAUAAUAUUGGGAUCAUGCUUAGCUUCUGGGUCAACUAUAGCGCUUCGAAGGAUAUACCGCAUGGAGAGAUGCAAUGGCGCGUGCCUUUCAUCGUGCAGAUGGUUCCUGGAGUGCUUUUCACUAUAGCCAUGCUGUUCCAACCGGAAUCACCGCGAUGGCUAGUCGAGCGCCAACAGUAUGACCGUGCUGCCCGAACACUUGCCUUUGUCGCAAGGAAAUCAGUCGAUGAUGAAACAGUCCAAGAAACGCUAGAGGAGAUUAAGAGCGAUUUCGAGGGCAAACAGAAGCUGUCUUUGCUGAGUCAGUUUGUGCUAAUGGGGGAGUCACGGUCCAUCGCCUUGCGGUGCUUUAUCCCUUCCUUGGUCAUGUUCUUCCAGCAAUGGACAGGUACGAAUGCCAUCAAUUACUUUAGUCCUCAAAUCUUCGCAAGUCUUGGAAUAUCGGGUACCACCUCCGGCCUUUUUGCUACAGGUAUCUAUGGCGUCGUCAAGGUUGUCGCAGUUGCUGCUGUAUUAGCUUUCGCCGUUGAAGGCAUAGGAAGAAAGAGAUGCCUCAUCAUCGGCGGAAUAGGGCAAGCUGUGACGAUGCUUUGGGUCGGCGGGUAUAGCGCCAUCCACACCUCUGGGACAGUGGUUCCCGCGAGCUACGUCUCUAUCGUGGCUGUAUACCUCUAUGCUGUGGCCUACUGCAUCGGCUUCGGACCUCUUCCCUGGGUGAUUGCCGGGGAAGUUGCCCCUAAUCAUCUUCGUACCAUUGCACUGUCUCUCGCUAUCGGUGUCAACUGGCUCUUCUCCUUCACGAUCUCGAAACUCACGCCUAUCAUGCUGAAUGAAAUCACAUACGGCACUUUCCUUCUUUUCGGUAUUUGUUGUGUCAUCAUGACGAUCUGGUCAUAUGCGUUCCUCCCGGAGACGUCUGGAUACGCCCUCGAAGAUAUAAAGUACCUGUUCGAAAAAGAUGUCAUCCUUCGGUCGUUGCAGGACGCUCCGGGAGGUACCAUUUUCCUCCGAGGGAAGAGAGCAGUGUCUGUAGAGGAACUCAUUGCUCAUGACGCCCACCGCUCACUGUAUGUUGAUGACGGCGAAUUACUACGAAAAUCACCCGACGAUGAGAUAACUGUGGAGCCUCGGGCCUGACUGUAAGUAGCUACCGUAAACUAUGAGUCAUAUGUUAUAUUCUGCUCGCAAUGAUAAAUAAAUAUUGGAAUUUCGAAUUCGAAA